AUGGCACCCCUUCUGGCUCCCUAUAACAGUGCUAUGAGACUUGGCUCUGGCUUCAACUCAUACACACAUGAGCUGUGCCUCGAUGAUGCCGUCAAAAAGGGAACCGGUAGCCCCCCGAAGCUUUCAGACGGCGAAGGUGUCGCCCAGUCUGUUGUCUUUAAGACGAGUGUCAUAGACAAGAUGUCUGACAUUACGGAUGCUCUCAAUAUCAGCGGAGCCCUCACUAUCAAAUACAACAAUCUUAUCGAUGGAACCGGCAAGGGAUCUUUUAUCAACUCCAAUAAGAUCAAAGACGCCGAUAUCAAUUUUCUGAUUAGUGUCAAGGUGAUCAAUCAGACUGUCACGGAUAAUGCACUGACCGAGUUUGCUCCGAUCGAUAAUCUUCCUGCUGAGAAGUUCACCGAGGUUUAUGGCGAUACUUUUAUCUCAGGCUUCCAGGAAGGAGGAGAGUUUAACGCAGUCAUUUCGAUCAAGGUCAAGGAUAAGAAUCAGGUCGAGAAUAUCAAAGCAGAUGCGGCUGUCGCCUUGACCACCCCCUCAUUCGGAAGUGAAAAGCCCAAGGCAGAAAAUACAGAAACGUAUGCUGUUGCUCCCAAUGAUCAAAAUAAUGAACAAGGUAAUGAACAGCAAGGAGGCAACGAAGCAGGAGAGGAGACGAAGAAGAAGGAGGACGGGGCCGACAGUCCCACGGGGUUGGCCAUAAAAGGGAACGCAGAGGUUGAAAAGAACCUGCAAGAUCUCUUCCAGGAGAACGAAACGACCGUUUCUGUCAGCUAUUCAGGGGGUGGGCAGGACCUAAAGAAGCGUACGUUCUCGUUCGUUACGCUGGAUAAAGAUACUAACAAAGCUACUUUAGCUGAUGAUGAUUGGAAUGUGAAGAACAUGCGAGCGGCAGCACUUCGAUUCCCCGCUCUAGUGGCUAAGACACCUGUUCGCACCAAUGCAGUGCUCACAAAGUAUACGGCUCUCAGAAGCUUUCAUACCCAAAAGAAAGACAAGAACAACAAGGAGGCUGUUCCUCUGUCGUAUGAGAAUGCGAGUGUUUACACUUCAAUCUUGGAGGAUGCGUUUCUGGAUUAUAAAAACAUCUACAAGGAGAUUCGGUUAUCGGAGGGAGAUUUGGCUUCCGGCAAGAAGGAAUUCGAGGCGAGCACUGCCAAGGAGAGCACAGGGAAGGAAAACACUAGCAAGGAAAGCACAGGCAAGGAGAGCACAUACAGCGGUAGGUCCAUCUACAAUUCAAGACACGCAUGUGCUAACAACGCAGAAUCUGAUGGUACGAGAAAAGAUGCCACUCCACAGGCGCAUAUUGCCACAGAGCCAUUUGCGCCAACACUCGCUGGGUUCGAAUCAGCCAAGUGUUAUAUUCGGCGAAACAUGAAUUUGAUUGUGAGAGAGGUUGAUGAAAUCAAGAAGAACCCUGACCGCGCGAGUGAGGACCGUCCUCUGCCGUGCCAGAGUCCGAUUAUCUUCAAACAGUACCUUCCAGUGCCAAAAGAGCCGUCUAAGCCGACUGUGUAG